GGGCCCGUUUUGUUUUCUCCGACAGCUUUCUUCCACUCGUCGUCCUAGAGAAAGUACAAAUCUUCUGAAAAACUCGGAGGAUGUCAAUGACAAUUUCACUUAUGCACGAACCUUUUUUGAAAAAACAAAAAAAAAAGCGUUUAUAAAAGGGGAGUCGUUCUGAUCGAACCGUCACAUCUUCAUCAGCUCUCGACUGUCUGGGACGUUAAAUGGCCCAACUGUGAAUAUUCAGAAACACUCAACUCAUUAGUCUCGAACAUGCCUUUCUCUAAAGUGGUGUUAAUCAUCGUGACUUUAAUCGUCUUGGAUUACGCUCAAGUGGCCGCCAACGAAGAUUUACAAGUGUCUGAAAGUAAAGGCAAGAAAUUCCCGCGUCACAUUCAGUCGAAUGUUAGACCCAAGACACAACGGCGUAGACCUUUCCUUCGCAAUGGCCCUGCACGCGGGAGAUCCGACAGCAGUGAAGACGGCGGAGAAGAGCACGAUGCUCCAGGAUACGUCAUCAUUUCGUAUGGUGGUAGAAUAGGGAAAAAAGACAACGGUCAACGUUACGGCAACAAAUACGGCAGCGAUUACAGCGUUGAAUAUGUUGGCAAUCUAUAUGGAUACGAAGAGGGACACGGCUACUUUAGCGGGUAUAACAGUGGUCAUAACGAGUACAGCAGCGGCUAUACUGAUGUGACGCACAGCCAACAAGGAACAAGCGAUGGAGGUGGAAGUGAUGAAAACGACGGAACUAAAGGUAACGCGGAAAUCAUGAGCGGCGUGUCUGUAAUGAAUGGGGACAGCAGCAGCGAUGGAAUGAAAGACAUGGGUGGAUCGAUGGGCGGUCAAAUGAACACUGGCGAAGACGUCGGUGCCGUAAAAGACACCAAGGGUACUGCAGAUUCCGCAGGCGAGGCCACACUUCCAGCUGGUGGUAACAUCGACUCUGAUGGAACUGUUACUAUCGAUGGAUCUGCAAUGGACGACGCACCCGUCGCUGGUGGAGACGCUACCAGAAUCGAAGCCUCAAAGGGCAAGGAUGAAGUCAUGGUAGAUUCCGUCGUCACUGGUGGAGAUGCCACUGUAUCCACGGACGGAACGGAAGCAAUUGGCGGAGAAACUGUUGGAAUUGAAGGAUCAAAAGGCAUGGAAGCAAUGGAUGAAAUGGCUAUACCAGUUGAUGGAGAGGCACCCGGAACUGUCGUUGCUACUGGAACUGUUGGUACCAUGGAUGAACUCAUGGCACUCCUGGAUGGCAUCGGAGGAAGUGAAGGAUCUACUGGUACCAUUAAAUCUAUGGAUGAUUUAAUGGCCAUCAUUGGAGGAGCAGAAGGAGUUGAAGGACUUGGUGAUAUUACUGGACUCACUGACGAUACAGCCGGAACUGACGGAUCCAUCGGUAACAGUGGAUCAAUUGGCUCUCCAGUAGAUUCGUCCACAACUGGCGCUGAUGCUAAUGAAGAAGGUUCACACAGUGGCGGUAUAGCAGGUAGCUUUGAAGAGGGGACCUAUUCAUCAAGCACCGAAGAUGAGUACACAGUAUCAUUUGACUUCGUAACGGAAGACGAAGCAAUUGAGCUAGGUGCCAUCACCAAAAAUGCCGAUGCACAAAAUCCAUCCGGCGAUGGCCACGCAGCUGGUGAUGAUUUUAGCAUUGCAUUUUUAACCGCCGACACCGCUAAACCUUCUGAAAGUGGAACGGAAGUAGCGAGCGAAAUCAUAACUGAAACAGGAAAGAUUAAAAUGAUGUCUGAACCUGCAGAAAUGGUCAAAGCGGAAGCCUUAACCGCAAUGGAAGAGACAGGUAAAAUGGUUGCCGAGCCUGCCGAGAUGAUGAACACCGGAGGUAAAGAGAGCAUAGACACUGGAAGCGCACCGUCUCCUGGACCAGAGAAAAGCAUUGCGCCUAUGAGCGUGCCGGAAAUCACUGCAAACAACCUAAGAAGAAUGGGCCGGAACCAACAAGGCAGCUGGAUACCUGUGAACAACUACAGAAACGGAGACAGAAGGUUAAUACCUGCAGGAAGAGUUAAUCAUCCGGGUAACAGAGCAAGACCACAAAAUCGUGCGAUCAGCAGUCUACCCAUUGAAAAUCAUAAGCAUGGCAAUUUACCCGGAAAUGGCGAAAAGGUACGUAGCACUGGAAGCAAAACGGGCCCAGGACCGGUUAGAAAUGCUCCAAUGAAACAAGAAAAACCUGGUGGAAUGUCUGGCAACGGAGCUAGUAAAUUCAGAAGCAUAGGCGAAGGAACUUCCGCAAACCGUGGAAUGAAAGAAACCGGACCAAUGGGAAGUAUAUCGGUCAGGGAAAUCCAAUCAGGACCUGGAAAAAUCAAACCCAUGUCUGGAAAUAUUGACAUGGUUCACGGUGGAUCAGGUAGCAUGAAAGCUGUUAACGUAGCACCAAUUACCGAACACAGUAAAAACUCACCUUCGGGCAAUCCAUCCGGAAAUACUGGAAGUGGCAAGAAGAGAUUCUUGAGCAUGGGAAAGGGAAGAAACACUUCGGGAAAUGGCGGCAAACUAGAAAGUGGAUCAGCCAGCAGCAAGUCGGUGAAAACCCAAUCCGGAAAUGAAGAGAAAGUCAAAGGAAACGGUGACAAGUUGAGCAGCUUCAUAGGAAAAGGCAGCACUAGACCGGCCAGACCUGCCCAGCUAAUGAGCCCACCUCCUUCGAAAGAAAUGAUGCGACCCAAUCCCAUGAAAGGCGAAACAGCUUCUGAAAAUAAAGAAAUAAGUGAAGACACAUCCGAGAGGCCACCUGGAAAAGGAAAAGGAGGCAAAGCAUCAAAGAACGGCGUGAAAGAGAAACGACAAAUCAGUGCAUCAAGCUCAUCUUCCAGCAGCGAAAAGGGUAAAAAAGGAUCCGAAAAGGGCAAAGAAACUGAAACGUCAGAAUCAGCUGUUAAAUCUGCAUCCGGAGGCGGAGAUAAGGUCGAGAAAGUCAACGGAGAAGAAGUCAAACAGAAUAGUGGAUUCGUCAGGAACGGACCACUUAACAUCGUCCGCUAUCUACGUAAAGGUAUAGGACGAUACCUAUAAAUCUAAUUUUACAUUCCUCGGAGCGCAGUUUGAAGACGGACCCAAGUUCAUUUUUCAAGGCUCGUUUCAUUGUGUUCCACGUGUUAUUGUUAUAAUGCUAUACUUUACUGUUAUGUUAUUGGACAGCGCUGUGUGCUGUUCAAUGAGACCUCAUAUUAAACAAUAAAAAGAAACUGUUACAAG